AUGAGGAUUAUCUCCUGUCACUCGACUCUUGUGGUUGUUGUUGUGGUUACGCUCGCUGUGGUCUCCUGCGCUGAAGCCAAGACUACACAGAAACCAAAGUACCAGUACACCAAGAAGCCAGUCUCUCCGAUCACCAUGCACAGCCCCGUCACCACCAGCAUGCCAAAGACUCUCAAGAUAGUGGCGACCGCAAAUCCUGUGCCGCCACACCCGGAGCCAACCACAGAGAGGACCACUUACCCAAGUCAUGUCUUUCCACAGCACUACAGUGAGGGCACUGAGCCCCCUGGUGCCGGCCCAGAGAACUACACCCUGGAUUACAAUGAGUGUUACUUUAACUUCUGUGAGUGCUGUCCACCUGAGAGGGGUCCCAGGGGCCCAAAGGGAGACAGAGGCUUGGCAGGGCCACCAGGUGAUAGAGGCCUUGCAGGAGCAGCUGGUUUACCCGGACCACCUGGUGUGAGUGGUCCAAUGGGGUUAAAAGGAGACAGGGGGGAUAAAGGUGACAGAGGAAACAGUGGGAUAACUGGUUCACCAGGAAUUCCUGGAAAACCAGGACAAAAAGGUGAUGUUGGCUACAAAGGUGAAAAAGGUGAAAUAGGGUUGCCAGGUUUCAAAGGCGAUAGUGGGGACAAAGGAGAACCUGGCCACAAUGGGACGGCUGGGGAUAAAGGAGAACCGGGAAAAGAAGGGCCAGCUGGACCUCCAGGACUGGCAGUUCAACAAGGGCCUAAAGGAGACAAGGGGGAUAAAGGGGAGUGUGGCUCAUUUGGGGAGAGAGGACAGAAAGGUGAACGAGGGGAUCCUGGCUCACCUGGAAUCCCAGGAGGGAUGGGAAUUCCAGGGCUGAAUGGCAAGCAUGGCGCCCCAGGGCCUGUGGGCAUCCGAGGGGAUCAGGGCCCUCCUGGACCUCCAGGAGAACCAGGGGUCAGAGGGCUUCAGGGACCACAAGGCAUAAGAGGGAUGCCUGGACCAAAAGGGGAUCGAGGUUACCCUGGCAUGAGAGGUGAUCGAGGCAUUCGUGGAUUCAAAGGUGCUAAAGGAUCGGGGGUUCCCCAGAAACGCUCUGCCUUCAGUGUAGGCAUCUCUCCAAGAAAGUCCUUUCCUCCUUCUGGCUUCCCGAUCCGCUUCGACAAAGUCUUCUACAACGAAGAGAACCACUUCAACGUCACUUCCAACAGCUUCACAUGUGUCUACCCUGGCGUUUAUGUCUUCUCCUUCCACAUCACGGUGCGUAAUCAGCCACUGCGAGCCACACUGGUGGUGAACGGGUCACGGCGAGUGAGGACGCGGGACUCUCUGUACGGUCAAGACAUCGACCAGGCGUCCACUCUGGUGGUGCUCCGGCUGGCAGCAGGUGAUCAGGUGUGGAUGGAGACGCUCAGAGACUGGAAUGGGGUGUACGCCAGCAGUGAGGACGACAGCAUCUUCUCUGGGUUUCUGCUUUACUCAGACAAGGCCUGA